AUGCAGAAGAAGCCAGAAUUAAAAGAAUAUGUCCAGAAGAUCUAUACAGAUGAUGGUAUCAUGGUGAUCUGUCUCUUCCCUGCCCAGGCAAAGCUUUUACAAAGCAGUGAUUCUUUUGAGGUAGAUAUGGCAUAUAAACGUGUGAAGGAUUCUGGGAUAAGAGAGGUUGUCUUCACAAACCUUGAUUCAACAUAUGGAUACUAUCUCCUAUUUAAACAGACCCUUAUUCGACCACUUGUGGUCUUCUGCCAUGUUCACUUUAAACGUGGUAUUAUUCAGGCUAUAGAACGUGCAAAUGGAUGCCGUGAUGGUAUAUAUGAGGCAAUGGAGCAGGUGCUCUAUGUUGACGAUCGUGAUUCAUACUUUGCUAUUCUCCAUGACUUAAUCGGUAUGGAUAUCUAG